CUUUCCGAGUCCUCGGCCGCCAUGGCGCCCGUGAAAAAGCUUGCAGCGAAGGGGGGCAAAAAAAAGAAGCAGGUCCUGAAGUUCACCCUUGAUUGCACACAUCCUGUAGAAGAUGGAAUCAUGGACGCUGCCAACUUCGAGCAGUUUCUCCAGGAAAGAAUCAAGGUGAACGGCAAAGCCGGGAAUCUCGGUGGAGGGGUGGUCACCAUCGAAAGGAGCAAGAGCAAGAUCACCGUGACUUCCGAGGUGCCUUUUUCCAAAAGGUAUUUGAAAUAUCUCACCAAAAAAUAUUUGAAGAAGAAUAAUCUGCGUGACUGGUUGCGCGUAGUUGCUAGCAGCAAAGAGAGUUAUGAAUUACGUUACUUCCAGAUUAACCAGGACGAAGAGGAGGAGGAAGAUGAGGAUUAAAGCUCCUUUGUCUGGAAUAUUUUUUAUGAGUUCUUGAAUAAAACUUGGGAAC